AUGUCUGACUUUGAUAAGUACUCUACUCCGUUAUCAUCUCGCUAUGCAUCCGAAGAAAUGUCCUCUCUUUUCUCAUCGAGAAACAGGUUUUCAACCUGGAGGAAAUUAUGGUUAAAUCUAGCUAUUGCUGAGAAGGAAUUGGGCCUUACUGUCAUCACUAAUGAAGCUAUUGAGCAAUUAAAGGAACAUUUGCACAUUUCUGAUGAGGAAAUUAUCGCUGCAUCUAAGCAAGAGGCUAUUGUGAGACACGAUGUUAUGGCCCAUGUUCAUACAUUUGGGGAAACAUGUCCCGCAGCUGCUGGUAUCAUCCAUCUAGGAGCAACUUCCUGUUUUGUAACAGAUAAUGCAGACUUAAUAUUUUUGAGAGAUGCGUACGAUAUUAUCAUCCCAAAGUUAGCCAACGUUAUUGACAGGUUAGCUAAAUUUGCUCUUGAAUACAAGGACUUGCCAGUUUUAGGGUGGACCCACUUCCAGCCUGCUCAAUUGACUACCUUGGGCAAGAGGGUUACUCUAUGGAUUCAAGAACUGCUUUGGGAUUUGAGAAACUUUGUGAGAGCAAGAAACGAUAUUGGAUUCCGUGGUGUUAAAGGUACCACAGGUACUCAAGCUUCAUUUUUGUCUUUAUUUCAUGGUGACCAUGAAAAGGUAGAAGCUUUGGACAAGAGAGUAGCUGAAUUAUUAGGUUUUGAUAUUGUUUAUCCAGUCACUGGCCAGACUUAUUCUAGAAAGGUUGACAUAGAUGUUCUUGCUCCUUUGUCCUCCUUUGCUGCAACUGCUCACAAGAUGGCCACUGAUAUUAGGUUAUUAGCCAACCUGAAAGAAAUAGAAGAGCCUUUUGAAAAAUCUCAAAUUGGAUCAUCCGCUAUGGCUUACAAGAGGAAUCCUAUGCGCUGUGAACGAGUAUGUUCACUAGCGAGACACUUAGGUACCUUGUUUAGUGAUGCCGUGCAGACUGCUUCAGUGCAGUGGUUCGAAAGAACUCUAGAUGACUCUGCUAUUAGAAGAAUAUCUUUACCUAGUGCGUUCCUUACCGCCGACAUCUUAUUAACUACUUUGUCUAAUAUAUCAUCCGGGUUGGUUGUCUACCCUAAGGUCAUUGAAAGAAGGAUUAAAAGUGAAUUGCCUUUUAUGGCCACAGAAAACAUAAUUAUGGCUAUGGUUGAAGAAGGAGUUUCUAGACAAGAAGUACAUGAGGCGAUCAGGGUUCUGUCCCACCAGGCCGCUGCUGUUGUAAAAGAGGAGGGUAAAGACAAUGACCUUAUUGAACGCGUCAAGAAUGAUGAAUUUUUUAAACCUGUCUGGAAUAAGCUGGAUAUGCUAUUAGAUCCAUCUACUUUCGUUGGUAGAGCUCCCCAACAGGUUGAGAAGUUCAUCAACAAUGAUGUGGCUGAUGCAUUGGCUCCUUUUCAAGAGAAAAUUAAUGAUGCAGUUGUUAACUUGAGUGUAUAA